AUGGAUCUUAUCAAUGACUAUCCGAGAAAAGCUGAACAGCUCGUUCCUUGCGAUAUUAUUAAUGGUAAAAUAUAUCGUCAAAUGUCUAGUAAUAAAAAACAAUGUAACAUAGCAAUCAUAUUGCAUGCAGAUGGAGCGCCUGCUGUCAACAUGAACAAUAAAUCUCUGUGGCCGAUUCAAGCAGCAAUCGCCGAAAUUCCAGUGCCACUACGAGACUGGAAGCCUGCAGUUAUGCUUUUUGGUGCGUGGCUUGCAUCAACCAAACCACCACGUGAUUCUUUAUUGAUACCAAUAAUCAUACAGCUACAAGCCCUUAUGAACUCAAAGAUUCUAUUGAAACAAAAAGAUGGUAAAAUUGUCUUCUAUCAAUAUUAUCUAAAAAACGGCAUAUUAGGUUCUCGUGUAUCGUAUAAUGUUCGUAUACAACAAGCAAUUUUCGAUUUACCAGCAUGUGCUCAUUUUUUGAAUGUUGUACAAUACAAUGGAUACGAUGGUUGUGACGAUUGCUGUAUAAAAGGUAUGUAUUAG